CAACCUAAUCUCAAAAGUCUUUCCCUAUUUGGACUGUAAUGCCCUAAAUAAUGAGUGAUUUUAAUUUUUUCAAUAAUCACACCGUGUUUGGAUGGUUCUAGGCGCUUUUCUGGUCUAUCCGAAAAAUUGGGUCCACAAAAGCUGCACUUUUGCACUUUUGCGCUUUCUCUCUCUACCCAAGAAUCCACAUCUUCUUCCCCCAAAUCAGUAGUUAUUGUCUAAUUUUCCCUUGUUUUUCUGUAAUUUAUUUUUUUAUGCAGUGUAUCUUUGUUGUGCUGCUUUGAGUUCAGCUGCUGAAAAGGUGAUUUAUGUGGAAUUGUUUUGAGAUUUGAAAAGUUGGACAGUUGGGUAUUUGCUGUUUCGGAACUAGAAAGAGAAGAGGUUAGGUAUCUAUCUAUUUAUUGAGAGAGGAUGAAGAGAGGGAAUGAUGAGGAGAAGAUUAUGGGGCCUAUGUUUCCUAGGCUUCAUGUAAAUGAUACCGAGAAGGGAGGGCCAAGAGCACCACCGAGGAACAAGAUGGCCUUAUAUGAGCAGCUUAGCAUCCCUUCACAGAGAUUCAGUCAUUCCGUGCUGACCCGUAACCUGAGUAAUAGCACUGCCAGUUUUGUGCCUCCGUCGAGCCAGGGUGGUGGAAAUGACAGGGGUAUGUUUUUUGCUCGGCAGCUGCAUCCUAUACACCCAUCUGAGAUGCAAUACAGCCAGUAUUCUGAAUUAAGCCCUCCACUGGCACAGGGGGAGCAAAGGAAGAAAAUGGAUGAAGACGACUAUACAGUUCCUAUUUUCAUCCAGCCCGUACCUGCAGAAUUCAAUAAAUAUAGCAAUGGCAUGUGCCAGCAGAAGUUUUCACCCUCCAAUCCUCCUUAUUUCCAUUCUUCGUCGAAGUUCCAAAAGGCCAAUGAAACAGGCAUGUUUGACCAUAGCGUUGGACAAGAAGAGGGAAGCAAGAAGGGAGAAAAUUCAAAUGAGUCUGUGGCUGGCCAGAAACAAACUGUUUCCUCGAUUAGUCACGAACCAGGAUCCAGAUUAAGGACUGAUGAUAGGGGACAGCAAGAGCUCUGUGCUGAGUCACGGCUUUCCGGCGAUAGUCUGAAUACUGAGGGGACUGACAUGGCAGCGGGAGCAAAAACAAAUUCACCUGAUUCAGAGGAAGCUUCACUGUUAGGAGAUGACAAUAUCAUCCAUGAUCUUAGUGAUGACACGGGGUCUCAUGAAGAUGAGUCUUGUAGGCCUCCGCUAUCAGGGAGCUUGCAGAGGGGCGACAGUGUUUCUGUGUCAUCCAUUUUGGAUACAGAAUCUGCUCUGGAUAUAACACCUGACAAUAUUGUAGGUAUAUUAGGCCAGAAACAUUUCUGGAAAGCAAGAAGAGCUAUCAUGAAUCAGCAAAGAGUUUUUGCAGUUCAAUUAUUUGAGUUGCAUAGAUUGAUAAAGGUUCAGAAAAUGAUUGCUGCAUGGCCACAUCUUAUGCUCGAGGACUCGGGUAUCUUCGACAAACCUACAAAACCGAUAAUCGGGAAGAAACGGCCUCUUGAUUCUGCUGUGAAUGCAGCUUCAAAUGCUUCCAAGGCAAAAGGCAAUUCAGAUAAUCCAAGUCACAAGAAAGAACGCUCUGCUGAAAACACACUUGAGAAAGUGCCCUAUUCUGCAGCUCAAAACGGGGUUCCGCCUUCGAGCUGCAGGCCUUCUGCCGACAGCGCUCCAUCACCGCCUGCUGUCACAAGCAACGACCAUAACAAUGUUCCGCCUUCGAGCUGCAGGCCGUCUGCUGACAGCGCUCCAUCACCGCCCGCUGUCACAAGCAACGACCAUAACAAUGCUCAAGUGCCGCGUUUCAAUCAUCCGGAGGGGCACCAGUGGCUGAUUCCUGUGAUGUCUCCUUCAGAAGGACUAGUAUACAAGCCGUAUCCAGCACCCGGAUUUUCCGGCCAAGGCUGCGGGGGCUCCGGCCCCCCCAGGCCAAAUCCGAUGACGGGUAACUUCUUAGCUCCGGUAUUUGGGGUCCCAACUCCAAUGCCCCAAUACCCGUUUCCUCCGUAUGCGCCUCACGGUUACUUCCCUCCUUACGGCAUGCCGAUGAUGAGCACAGCAGCCUUCUCUGGUUCAUCCAUGGAGCAAAUGAAUCCUCAUUCUGUACCCGGUCAUUUCUCAGCCCGGGAAUCCGCCUCCGCUGCGUCAACACAGAAUUACGGGCCCGUUCCAGACGGGCUGGACCGACGUGCAGCUGAGGAGAUCGAAGUGCAAGGGAGCAGUUCAAGCAGCCCAAGUGAGAGUCAACCGCCGAGUACUAAGGUGAACAGCAGUGUGGGAGGAGCAAACAUUCUUCCGAUCCUCCCUACGCCAUCUAGGGCUAUCGAUGCCUCCAAGUCGAGCCCUCGGGUUCGUGCCCCUCGGGUGAUCAAGGUCGUGCCCCGCAACGGUGUAUCGGCGUCGGAAUCUGCUGCACGAAUUUUCCGAUCCAUUCAACAAGAAAGAAUGCAGUAUGAUUCAGUGUGACCAGGUCAGAAUUUGUUUGGUAGCCUUUUUUGCAACUUCAUUCCAUAUCGGUAUAUAUACGCCUAUGUGUGUGUGUAUUUUAUGACUUAUUUUGUGCUCUAGUCUGUAAUUUUAUUCGUUUAACUUGUGACCAAAAUUAGUGGUCAAAUGUGAGAGGUGAUGGGCAUUUCAUAAA